AUGAAUUGUUUUGUUUGUUGCAUUUACAAUCAAGAUCCGACGUUGGUUGCCAUUUCUAAUACUACUACAAUUUCCGAGUUGCUUACUGUAGCAACUAAUAUUUCCUCAGACACAUUUUCUUCUGCAAUUGGCGAUAGUAUUGUUUCUAAGCUAUCUAAUCUUGUUUCUGAUCAGAAUCUGACUUCUUCUGAUGUGGAUGAUAGUAUCAAGGUGUUGACUUUUCUAGUUUCUAUUCAAGAGGAGAUAUUGAAGACAAAGAAGAAUUUUAUCCCAACUGACAAUUACAUUGCUGGACACAUCAACGCUUCAGGAAAACUUUUGGACACCAACAAUCAAACUGCAUGGCUUAGCCUGAACUCUAAUAAUGGAGCUCCUGCUUUUGUGGAAUCCAUGGAGAGAUUUGGUCGAUUGAUUUCCUCUUCUAUGCCAAACGAUGACAACAAACUUAUAAAAUUUGCAACUGAUAAUAUAGUUUUAACGUUUACGACUGUUACCAAGUCAAUGGUCCAACCGAUUUCUUUCGAUGGUGAAUUUUCAGCUGGAAAUGGCAUUGAUAAUACGAAGGACUCUUCAUCGUAUAUUUCAUCAAGUGUUUUGUCAUAUCUCCUUAAAGAGACUGGUGCUGAUAAACUUGCUGUUUCUAAUGUUGUGUUAAAAGGCGUGCAGGAGUUCUUGCCUCCAUCUUUGAUGACAUCUGAAGACUUGUCUCAUCGAUCAAUUGGUGACUUGAGGAAGAUGGCAAAUGAUUUGCCACACACUGAUGUUGUCUCACUGUCGAUAUUGGAGGUUGGAAAACUGGAUAGUCUAAACUACAACUUGCCAAACCCUAUCGACAUCAGAUACACAAAUGUAGAGUUUCAGAAUAACUCUGAGUUUCGUUGUGCUUACUACCAAUUUAAAAGCAACACUUGGUCGUCCAAUGGUGUUACAACAGAAAUACUUGGAGAAGGAAACAUUUUAUGCAGCAGCACUCACCUUACCAGUUUCAGUGUUCUUACGUCAGUUCAGGGAGCUGUGAUCACAGACAGUUUGAGGUACAUUACUUACGUUGGUUGCGGAAUAUCUCUUGUUUGUAUGGUUUUAGCUCUCAUCUGUCUCAUCUACUUCAGGUCGGAUUUAUAUCCUCAGAAGAACUUUGUUAACAUCAAUUUCCUUAUUGCUCUGACUCUAGCUGUUACGUUCUUUCUAGCAGGAAUAGAUCAAUCUAGCAAUCGGGCUACAUGCAAAGCAAUGACCAUUAUAAUGCACUAUCUGUUUCUGGCUGCAUUUUGCUGGAUGUUGUGUGAAGGAAUCCUACUUUACUUGAUGAUAGUUGUUAUAUUUGACAGUGGGAAGACUUAUUACCGGCAAUUUCUUGCCUUGGGAUGGGGGCUUCCAGCUGUUGUUGUAGCUAUUAGUGUUGGAAUUAAGCACGACGACUAUGGCUCUUAUGACUAUUGUUUUCUCACUCAUCAUUAUGGACUUAUUUAUGCUUUCAUUGCGCCUAUGAUUGCAAUAAUUUUGGCAAACUUUGUGAUUUUCGUCAUUGUUCUAAAGAUUGUCAUAGAGUCCAAAGGGAAAUCUGACAUGCGGGAAAGGAAACAAGUUAUAAAGGCCAGCUUGAGAGCUAUUGCUGUGUUAUUACCAAUUCUGGGACUUACUUGGAUCAUUGGAGUGUUUGCAGUUGACAGCUUGUCUGUGUAUCUGGCACACACUUUCACUAUCUUCAACAGUUUGCAGGGUCUUUUUGUCUUUAUUUUUCAUUGCGUUCUAAAUAAUGGGGUGCGUAAAGGGUUUCAGAAACUGAAGGAAAGUCGUAAACGGAGAAAGGAAGCGGAAACAUUCACCAUGAGCAAUUAUUCAUGGCAGUGGUACAAGCGGUAGUCAUGCCUACAAUUGCAAGCGCUAUAGCUUCUACAACAGUUUCUAAACAUUAUCUACACAUUUUAGUGGCUUUUUCAACACAUUGUUCAACGUAUUGGGUAACCUAGCUACCUAAAGGCACUGUAUAUAGAUAUAACUUGCAACAUUGUUGUGCUCUUGAGUCGAUGCUAUAGGUUAUAGAUUGUUGUACGUUAGCAUCGAAAGACGUAGAGAAACAGGAAGUUAGGGAAAGUGUGAACAGGAAACUGUUUUUUACUGAUGGUUAAUCUAGCUCUACUAUAUACAUAGUCUGACACAAUAUUGUACCAUUCUGCUGUAGUCACACGUAAAUAAGAGUUUCUUCUUUUCUCA